AUGCGCCAGUUUGUUUGUGCUCGCUGUGUUUUUCUGUUUAUGUGCCCUCAAAAGGCUUCCGGAAGCUGAGCCCCCAGGCUGUGAAGAUGACCAAUACAUCGCAGGACUGCACACAAAGCCAGUCACAGUCCUUCACGGACAGUGAGUACGCAUCGCAAGAGACAAUCGGUGCCGAGGAGCUCGAUAACACCAGGCAUCCGUGGGGGCGAGUUUUUGUGCAGAAGCUGCGCGCCCCCAUGGAAGCGUCCGCCAGAGAGUGCUGCCUCAAUGACUACUGCAACGACGGAGAUGGCACAUUUCACGAUCUCUUCGACGAGGAGUGGUCAGUUGGCCGCGAAGGCGCCUUGAGUUUCAUCAUCACGCAGAGCGAGAUGCCGGAAAGCGAGCGACUGAAGCUGAGCAAGGUGCAUUUUGUCAUCAGACGCGACUUGAGCCACCCCUUCAAUCCACCCAUACUGGAAGAUCUCUCCCGAAACGGCACGUUCCUGGACGCGUCGCACGUCGGCAAAGGCCGCAGUCGCGUGUUGCGCAGCGGCAACUUCAUCAGCGUGCUGGCGCCGAAGUUCUUCCUGUUCCGCUUUUGCGACCUCAACAAGAACUUCACGGUGGAUGUGCCGCCGGAGAUCGCCCAGCACUACUACAUGGGCAAGAAGCUGGGCGCCGGCGGCUGUGGCAUGGUGCUCAAGGUGUUUCACGUGCGCUCGUGCACGCCAUACGCCAUGAAGAUCGUGCAGAAGUGUCAGUUCAGUGAGGCGUCCAGAGCGGGCAAACAGAAGGUGCUCAACGAGAUUGAGAUUUUGAAGCGACUCAAGCAUCCGUGCGUGAUUCAGAUGCACGAAAUCGUCAAUCGUCCGGAAGCGGUGUUCAUACUUUUCGAGCUGAUGAAUGGCGGCGAUCUGUGUCAGCGCAUCAUGUCGCAUCCACUGAAGCGACUGCCUGAGGAUCUGGCCCGAGUCUACUUCUUGCAGACGUGCUACGCCGUGUGCUACCUGCACACGCAGAAUAUCACACAUCGUGACUUGAAGCCGGAGAAUAUUCUUCUCGCCACCCGUGAGGACGUGACAUUGGCGAAGGUGACAGAUUUCGGGCUCAGCAAGCUCGUGCGAACGAACAGCGUGAUGAAGACGAUGUGUGGCACACCGCAAUAUGUCGCGCCGGAGGUGGUAAACAAGGACAGGGCCACGUACACGGAGAAGGUGGACACCUGGAGCCUCGGCGUGAUGCUGUACACGGCCGUGUGCGGGGACUUUCCGUUCGUCCUGCACAACGGGCGGCGCCAAGUGACGCUGAGCUCAUUCUUCCGGACCCUGAGCAGGGACGUGCAAGUGCUCAUCUUCGACUGUCUGCGCUUGGAGCCGGAGAAGCGCCCCACAAUCGAGCAAGUGCUCAAGUACAAAUGGCUCGCGGACGAGCGCACGCGAAACACUGUCGCGCAGUUGAUAGAGAACGCCAUCCCAGGAAGUGACGACGCCGCAGUAUGAGCAAUUCAUGAAGUCGCCGGCGAAAAGGAUUCGCGUAGAUUUUCAACACUUUAACAACUUUAAUGCUCUAAUUUUAAUACUGAUGAAAUUUUGUGAUCUCAAAAAAUGUUUCGUUUCUUCACAUUUUGAUGAAUAACCAGUGAAAUGUUGAAUUAUGUUUGUGUUCUUGAGCCUUUUUAUAGGCUCACUUUUGACUUUAGUGAUGAAAAGU